AAUAGAAUACACCGCCUUCAGUCAGUGUCUCAUCAAUACAGUACUGCACUCAAUGAGUGAAAUAGCUCACAGAAGUAAAACCCAAACCGCUCAAAUGACUGUAUAUGCUACAGUAUAUUUCUAACAUCACAAAUAGCGGAUUGAGAAGUAGAAAGACUCCUUGGAAACUUCCUCGAAUUAAGACGAGUGAACGAACGGACUGUGACAGAAACCUCUGCGGUUAGUCAAGGCGGCAGGACACGCGAUAAACCCGCUCACUAGUCACGCGACUGAGCUGCUCAGCUUCAAAGGGGGAAUCAUUACGAGCUAAGUAGUGGACGGUGGAUGACUUGGAUCUCGGUAGCCUGCGCUCUUGAAUCAAUCGGCGACAUUUAUGAUAAACACUCUCUCAAUCUGGACACUAAUAAUUCUGCCUUGUCUAUUUAUUCGGAUUAAACUGGUGGACGUUUUGAAGAGGAUUUUGCUGACCUAGAUGAUUCGAUGACCACCCGCCCCAUGUCCAUCUAUUCACUACGUCAUUGGUGACGUCACACAUUCCUAUCUUCAUGUGACGUGUAAAGAAAAAAGAUUGACCACAUAGGUAGCACAUGAUUCAAUUUGUGACGAAGCGUUGCUUGGCUAGAGAUUGAAGCAUCACGCAGCUCCUUCGAGACUGAAUCUUGAAACACAGCUCCAGGUACAAAACAAGAACAUCGGUGUAUUCAAGAGACAACACGCUAUCAUAGCUACUGCAUCAACGACUAGCACGGAAGGUCUAUAGUAAGGUGUUGCAUGGUGUUAUAACCAUGAACAAGACAGUGUUAUAAUAGCGAAGGACAGAAAGAGGAUUAUUUGUAUUUCUUCACACCACCAUCAGAUGAAUGCAUAUCAAGAUGAGUAGGAAUAUAACCCCAUCUAAAUGCUCGGAAUGCAAGCUAGCCGUAUUAGGAAGAUGCAGCGUAGGAAAGUCAGCAACCAUUGUGCGGUACCUGACUAAACGGUUCAUUUGGGAAUACGACCCAACAUUAGAAUUUAUCUACCGCCACCAAACACCCGUCGAUGAUGAGCUCGUUUCCAUGGAGAUCUUAGAUACUGCAGGACAGGAGGUGGAUAGCAUACAGCGAGAAGGUCACGUGAGAUGGGGUGACGGGUUUCUCGUAAUCUACAGUAUCACGGACCGGAAGAGCUUUGAAGAGGUCGUCCAGAUCAAAGGCUUUCUCGACGAGAUCAAGAAAGCGAGGAAUGUAUCCGUCGUCAUCGUCGCUAACAAGUGCGAUCUCGAUCACAUGCGUGAAGUCAGUACUGAGGAAGGCGAGAAGAUGGCUCAAGAACUUGCCUGCGCGUUCUACGAAUCGUCUGCAUGCCGUGGUGAUGAGAGUAUACCCGAAGCCUUUCAUGAACUAUACCGGGAAGUCCGGCGACGACGAGCGAUGGAAGGACACAAGUCCCGAAGGCGGAGCUCCAUUCAACAAAUGAAACAAGUUCUGAAUAAAACACUAACGAAGAUCAACAACAGACAAUGAUAAUCAUUAAGAAUCGCGCCAUUUGUAAAGGAUAUAUAUUUUUUGUUGAUUCCUAUAAAUCUUUCACGAGUACAAAGCGGCGACUUACGUUGUGGUCUCCUGUCGAACUAAAUGAACAGUCGAACUAAAUGACAAGUCGAACUGAGAAUACUUGACAGACAGUCUCCCUUGGUCUAGCAUCAAUCGUCU